AUGGCUGAGCCACAGGGCCAAGAGCUCACAGCUGAGUCUGUCUGCUGGAAUCCCUUCAACAACACGUUCCACACUCCCAAAGUGCUGGACUGCUGUCACUCCUGCUCUGCUGCGGGAGUGCUGGUCCACCUCAGCCUGGUAGCUCCAGCCCGGCGCCGCUUGCUCUGCCCACUCUGCCGUCAGCCCACCAUGCUGGCUUCAGGGCAACCAGUCACUGACUUGCCUACAGACACUGCCAUGUUGACCCUGCUCCGCCUAGAACCCCACCACAUCAUCCUCGAGGGCCACCAGCUCCGUCUCAAGGACCAACCCAAGAGCCGUUACUUACUGCGUCAGCCUCGGGUCUAUACCCUGGACCUUGGCCUGGAACCUGGGAGUCAGACUGGAACCCCUCAGAACACCCCCAGCCACUCCUCUCUCAGAGAGUGUACCCACAACCCUCACUUCCGGACCUUUGUCUACCUGAUGGCUGUCAUCCUCAGCGGCAUCCUACUGCUCAUCUUGUCCACCUUUUGGACUAAACAGUUCUUUUGGGGCAUGGGGUGA